AACUGAGCGGCGGCAGAAAGGAGGAGGAGCGGGUCACGUGAUCCGACGUCAAGAUGGCCGCCGCUGCUGCUGCUGCUGGUGCUCCUAUUGCUGCCUUCGCCGCCGCCUUGUUUUGAUGCCUGAUCUCCGCGAGGGGAGCCAGGAGCCGGGGAAGCGGAGGAAGAGCCGCGGUUUUCGUGGGGGGAAGCGGGCCUUGGGGUCCGCUGAGGGGAUGCGAGGCUGGUAGAGGGAGCGGCUGUCUGGGCGCCUCUGUCUCUAUGGGACUGAUAGGUUUCCUGAGGGACUCGGAAGGCAGCCUGAGGUCGAGGAGGGGCGGCGAAGGAGAGAGACUCUGGGCUAGAAUAAGGCCGCAGUGUGGAGGCAAAGGCUUGGGAGGAGCCCCGAGCGGAGUCUGGCGGGUUUGAAAGCCCACCUCGGAGCAUCUCUAUAGGGCUCCUCGCAGGAGGAGGGUUCUAGCUGGUCCAGGACCUUCCCUGCCGGGUCUGUGAGCAGCCUUUGGGGCUCUCUGGAACCCCACUGGGGUCUCUGUAGGGAGAAUAGGAGACAAGCAGGCCUAGGCCCAAAGGAGAAGCAGGCUGGUAGUAUCUCUCUAGUACAGGAGACAGGGAGAGUUAGGCCCAGAUCAGUAGUAUCUCUGUAGUACAGGAGACAGGUAGCCUUAGGCCCAGAUCAGUAGUAUCUCUGUAGUACAGGGGAUAGGCAGGCUUAGGCCCAACAAAAAGGCAGGUUGGCAGUGUCUCCAGAUUGGUAGUAUCUUUGUAGAAUACGAGACAGGGAAGUUGAGGCCCAACAGAAAAGGAGUAGUAUCCCUGUAGUAUAGGAGACAGAGAGGCUUAGGCCCAACUGAAAAGGAGAUUGGUGGUAUCUGCAGGUCGGUAGUAUCUCUGUAUAUAGGAGGUAGGUAGGCUUAGGCCCAACCAGAAAGCAGAUUGGUAGUAUAGGAGACAGGCUUAGGCCCACAAAGAAGCAGGUUGGCAGUACCUGCAGAUUGGUAGUAUCUCUGUAGUAUAGGAGUCAGGUAGGCUCAGGCCCCGAAAAGCUGAAAGGCCGGUUUCAAAAACAGAGACCGGUUUCCAAAAUAGGAGCCGCUUACCUUGGUUUCAAGUGCCUAUGAAAAGAGGCUUUCCAAACGCCAGAGGAUUGUAAGUAGAGAUAGCGAAGGAAGCUUUGACUAUCGGAGGAGGCUGGUGUUUGUGUUUGUGUGUGUUUGUUUUGUUUGUUGAUGCUCUCUAGCUAAAGCGAGGGAAGGAAGCUGAGAAGGAGGAGAGGAACCGUCUUCUGUGGUGUUGCUCUUUAACCCCUGACUAUGCAAUUCUGAGACCUUCCUAGGAAAAGAGGCAGCAGCAGGAGAGGAAUAUUCCCUGGAGAGACUCUCUCUUGUCCUUCAAGCAAGGAAGCAAGCAAGGCACCCCUGAAGGGAAGUCCAGAGCCUCCCCUUUCCCCACACACCUUUCACCAUUAAGAGGAAAGCAAUGGAGGAGCUGAGCGCGGAUGAGAUCCGUCGAAGGCGCCUUGCCCGGCUCGCUGGCGGGCCAUCUUCCCAGCCUACCACACCGCUUACGUCUCCACAGAGGGAGAACCCACCAGGACCGCCUGUAGCAGCACCAUCCCCUGCAGUGCCCCAUAAUCUUGGGCUGAAUGUCCACCCCAUGACCCCUGCUACCUCGCCAAUUGGCGCAUCAGGUGUAGCCCACCGAAGUCAGAGCAGCGAAGGAGUAAGUUCGCUCAGUAGCUCUCCAUCAAACAGCCUUGAAACGCAGUCACAGUCCCUCUCGCGGUCGCAGAGCAUGGACAUUGACAGUGUCUCUUGUGAGAAAAGUAUGUCCCAGGUGGAUGUAGAUUCAGGAAUUGAAAACAUGGAAGUUGAUGAGAGUGACCGAAGGGAGAAAAGGAGCCUUACUGAUAAGGAACCCCCAUCAGGAUCAGAAAUAUCAGAGGAACAAGCCUUACAGCUAGUCUGCAAGAUCUUCCGGGUCUCCUGGAAGGACCGAGACAGAGAUGUCAUUUUCCUAACUUCGCUUUCAGAGCAAUUUAAGCAGAACACAAAAGAUGUAUUUUCGGACUUUAAAGAUUUGAUUGGGCAGAUCCUGAUGGAGGUUCUGAUGAUGUCAACCCAGUCGAGGGAAGAAAAUCCCUUUGCCAGCUUGACAGCCACAUCGCAGCCCAUCGCAGCAGCAGCUCGGUCACCCGAUAGAAGUCUGGUUCUCAACAUGGGUUCUAAUCCAGGAACAAGUCCCAUCUUCUGUAAUGUUGGGUCGUUCGGCUCCAGCUCCUUAUCAAGUCUCUAUGGAACUAGCCCAGCUCCCGUUUUCAGUUUCCCAAGCCCUGCAACUUUUUCGGCCUCCUUUCUUGCUUCUUCUGCCAGCCCAGUUGCUCCCACCCCAGUUUCUUCCCUUUCUGCCAGCCCUCACAUCGCAACAGCUGGCCCACCAAGUGCCCAGCCCUCAUCCCCAAGGUAUCGACCGUACACUGUGGUUCACCCUUGGACCUUCCCAGCUCCUCCUGUCUCAACAAGCACUUCCAUCGUUUCCCAUUCCCCGACUCCUCCCGUUGUAAGCAUCAGCCCUCCAGGCGUGCGGGCCAUCGCCUCCCGGAUUAGACCCGUCACUGUGGCCCUGCCUGUUUUCCCUGCUUUUGGCAGACACUCUUCUCUCCUGAGCAGGACGCCGUCUAGUAUGUACGACAACCCUUUCUCCCUCCUCUUUGCCGUCUCUGACUUGUCUGGGGACAGUUCAGAUGAAGAAAAUGAGGAUGAGGACGAGGAUGGUGAUUUUUCUGGUGUCCAGUUUGGGUCCAGUGGCGGAGGCUCUGGAGGAGGCGCCAGUGUUUCUGACUCGUGCAGCGACCAUUUCACCAUUGAGACGUGCAAGGAAACAGAGAUGCUGAACUACCUCAUUGAGUGUUUUGACAGAGUGGGGAUAGAAGAGAGGAAAGCGCCAAAGAUGUGUAGCCAGCCGAUGGUGAGCCAGUUGCUGAGCAACAUUCGAUCUCAGUGCAUUUCCCACGCUGCUUUAGUGCUCCAAGGGUCAUUAACCCAACCAAGGUCACUACAGCAACAGUCAUUGCUAGUCCCAUACAUGCUCUGUCGGAAUCUCCCUUUUGGCUUCAUCCAAGAGCUGAUGAGAACAACCCAUCAAGAUGAAGAUGUGUUCAAGCAGAUAUUUAUCCCCAUUUUACAAGGCCUGGCUCUUGCUUCGAAAGAAUGUUCCCUUGAUAGCGACAAUUUUAAAUACCCCCUUAUGGCUUUAGGUGAACUGUGUGAAAUCAAAUUUGGGAAAUCGCAUCCCGUGUGUAGCUUGGUUGUGUCUUUGCCUUUGUGGCUGCCAAAGUCUCUGAGCCCCGGUACGGGUCGGGAACUACAAAGACUGUCUUACCUUGGGGCUUUCUUCAGUCUCUCUGUCUUUGCCGAAGAUGAUCCUAGAGUAGUUGAAAAAUAUUUCUCCGGACCUGCCAUCACCCUGGAAAACACCCGGGUGGUCAGCCAGUCCUUGCAGCAUUACCUGGAAUCUGCCAGGCAAGAGCUGUUCAAGAUUCUACAUAGUAUCUUACUAAAUGGAGAAACCCGGGAGGCAGCUCUGAGCUACAUGGCAGCUGUGGUCAAUGCCAACAUGAAGAAGGCCCAGAUGCAGACAGAUGACCGGCUGGUGUCUACAGAUGGCUUUAUGCUCAACUUUCUGUGGGUACUGCAGCAGCUGAGCACAAAGAUCAAGCUGGAGACAGUAGAUCCUUCUUACAUCUUUCACCCUCGGUGUCGCAUCGUGCUCCCGGCAGAUGAAACGCGAGUGAAAGCCACCAUGGAGGAUGUUGGCAGCUGGAUGGCUGAGCUGUCUAGGGAUCUUUCUGUUUUUUCUGAGCCAAAAUUCCCAACUGAAUGCUUCUUCCUGACCCUCCAUGCCCACCACCUCUCCAUCCUACCAAGCUGCCGCCGGUACAUCCGCAGACUGAGGGCCAUCCGGGAGCUGAACAGAACUGUGGAGGAUUUGAAAAAUAAUGAAAGCCAAUGGAAGGAUUCCCCUUUGGCCACGAGGCAUCGAGAAAUGCUGAAACGCUGCAAAACACAGCUCAAGAAGCUAGUGCGGUGUAAAGCUUGUGCGGAUGCUGGCCUCUUAGAUGAAAAUUUCUUGCGGAGGUGCCUGAAUUUCUACAGCAUGGUGAUUCAGCUCUUGCUUCGGAUCCUUGACCCUGCCUGCCCUGACAUCAAAUUGCCUUUAAACCCUGAUGUCCCGAAGGUGUUUGCAGCGUUGCCUGAAUUUUAUGUGGAAGAUGUUGCAGAGUUCUUAUUUUUUAUUGUACAAUACUCACCUCAGGUACUUUAUGAGCCCUGCACUCAGGACGUAGUGACGUUCCUUGUUGUGAUGCUGUGCAACCAGAACUACAUCCGAAACCCUUACCUGGUGGCCAAGCUGGUGGAAGUGAUGUUCAUGACAAACCCGGCUGUCCAGCCACGGACGCAGAAGUUCUUUGAGAUGAUUGAGAACCAUCCGCUCUCCACCAAGUUGCUUGUUCCUUCACUGAUGAAGUUUUAUACAGAUGUUGAGCACACUGGUGCCACUAGUGAGUUCUAUGACAAAUUCACAAUCCGCUACCACAUCAGCACCAUCUUCAAAAGCCUUUGGCAGAAUAUUGCUCAUCACGGCACUUUCAUGGAAGAGUUCAACUCGGGCAAGCAGUUUGUCCGCUAUAUCAAUAUGUUGAUCAACGAUACAACAUUCUUGCUGGACGAGAGUUUGGAAUCCCUAAAACGCAUCCAUGAAGUGCAGGAAGAAAUGAGAAACAAAGAACACUGGGACCUGUUGCCCAGGGACCAGCAGCAGGCUCGGCAGUCACAGCUUGUGCAGGAUGAGCGAGUUUCGCGCUCCUAUCUGGCCCUGGCCACAGAAACGGUCGAUAUGUUCCAUAUCCUCACCAAGCAAGUUCAGAAGCCUUUCCUCAGACCUGAACUUGGACCACGUUUGGCUGCUAUGCUGAACUUCAACCUUCAGCAGUUGUGUGGCCCCAAGUGCCGCGACCUGAAAGUUGAAAACCCUGAGAAGUAUGGAUUUGAACCAAAGAAGCUUUUGGACCAACUGACAGACAUUUACCUGCAGCUAGACUGUCCUCGCUUUGCAAAAGCAAUAGCCGAUGAUCAGAGGUCCUACAGCAAGGAGCUGUUUGAGGAGGUAAUUUCAAAGAUGAGGAAAGCCGGAAUCAAGUCGACGAUAGCAAUAGAGAAAUUCAAGCUGCUGGCAGAAAAGGUGGAGGAAAUUGUUGCCAAGAACGCCCGAGCCGAAAUUGACUACAGCGAUGCCCCUGAUGAGUUCAGAGAUCCUCUCAUGGAUACGCUGAUGACUGAUCCUGUCAGAUUGCCAUCUGGAACCAUCAUGGACAGAUCCGUCAUCCUCCGGCACCUUCUCAAUUCCUCCACGGAUCCCUUCAAUCGGCAAACACUAACAGAAAACAUGCUGGAACCAGUGCCGGAGCUGAAAGAGCAGAUCCAAGCCUGGAUGAGAGACAAGCAAAACACUGACCACUGAGGCAUCCCCAGCGCAGAGCAGACAUGCCGAGGCCAACUGUGAAGAGCAGGGCAUGAGAAGGGGUCGGGACCUGGGGGGACGUGCCCGCCGAGGACGCUUGGGAAGCUGACCGCUGCUUUGGAAGCGGAGCUCACGCAGUGCCUGCUGCCGCCAAUGAACCAGACGCAUGCGGACAAGAGGAGGAACAGCAGCAGCAAAGACAAAACGAUCCAGAAAACAAAAAAGAGAGGAAGAUCUCACACACAAACCAACUGCAGCUUAAUUCUUGUACAUAUAUUUAAGUGAUAUAAAACGGUGGCCGAUAGCAUUGUGGGGGAUAGGUUUUUAGGAAGUUGCUCUUGUUACGAAGCAGACUCCUCCGCCGUCGCGUAAUGUUGGGGUUCGUACAGCCGAAUCUUUUUUUUAAGCAAAAGACAUGUGGAUCAGGGCAGCAAACCCUCAGUUUGUGUGUGUGAGUGCGUUUUGGGUUUUUAUUUUAUUUUAAAUAUUGCCAGAUCUCCGUUAAUUUGAUGGUGAUUGAAACCUUGAACAUUUUUUUGCUGCUAAAGUCAUCCUCUGACCCUUUUAUUUCUUUUCCCGUCUCCUUUGUUUUCUCACCUGCAAUGUGAAGAAAAUGGUUCCCUAUGUUUAAGCAAAAGAAAGAAGUCCUUCUCUGACCCCAGGAGAACAUAAUCUUGAAAGAUGAGUGUGCCUGCAACAAAAAGUGUUAAUCUUGGGGGGGGUUGGGGGGGGGGGGAGAUCAUAUUUUUCUAUUAUACAUAUUCAUUUAUUUUUUAUUUGGUAGGCCGCACAUGAGAAGCGUUAUGAUUGCAAAUGUUUCUCCUCUGUCUCUCCUUUUGGUUUGGGCACAUCGAUUUCGAGUUGUCUGACAUGUCCCCCCCUGUUUUGGUCUCUUUGGGAGAGACUUGAUGCUCUGGAUUGUUCUUUUGGGCAAUCUUCCUUUUCUCCAGUCUAGUAAUACACUAAAACAGCUGCCACAAAGAAAUUGGGUGGUAUGCCAAGGCUUUGUUGACUUAAAGAAGUAUAUAUAUAUAUGGACAGAGCUAUAUAUAUUAAGAAAUCCUUUAAAAGCCAGAGAUCUAAUAAGCUAAAAUGAGGGUUGUGAGUCUUUUAAGAGCUUUGUUGGGAGGGUGCCCCUCCGGAUCCUUUUAUUCUCAGCGCCUACCAGUCAAAAAGAAAAAGGGGCAGGGGAUGCGUUUUUACGUUGCGUACCAGUUUUGUAUCCAUGGCUUGGCCUUACCAAAGCAAAAAGGGUGCAGAAAAACAAAAAUAGAAUAAAAAAAAUAAAUAAAAAUAAACCGUAGACUUUGCUUUUUUUAAGAAAAAGAAACUAUAUUAAAAAAUAAAAAAAGACGAAAACAUUUUUGUAUGACUGCCCCCGGCUUAAAGAUACUUGAAUUUCCUUUUUGAAAAGGAUUUGAAACCACAGUGUUUUAAAAAGAAAAAAAAUUACGCCUGAAGAAAAUCUUGUUUUUUCUUUCCGCUGACAGCGUCCUCUGUUCAGUUCCUGAUUCUUGAACAAUAAAUGGUGAUACGCAUUCACAAGAA